UGUUUACCACGCUCUUGCCUUGCUUUCUUUUUUUCGGUUGGAGAGAAUCUUUUUAAUUAAUAACAGUUAUUGCAUUUACCGAGUGUAUUAUAUAUCUGUUGUACCCAGUUUUGAAAAAAUGGCAGCGGAAACUCUGGAGUUAUCUAACUUGGAUUGGGAUGAUACAGAAUUAAUCAAAGCAUAUGACAAGGGUAUGAAAUUGCAGAAAAAGAGGGCAAGUAAAAAGAAUAAAGGAAACAACAAAGAGUGGGAUGUUGGUGAUUUCUGCUGUGCUGUUUAUCCUGAAGAUAAUUUAUUAUAUGAAGCUGUGAUAAUAUCAAUUGAUGAUGGUAUAUGCAAUGUUAUGUUUUUGGGAUAUGAAGAUGAAGUAGCAGUUGAAAUGACAGAAUUAAAAAAAUCAAAAGGAAAGCGAGCAAGAAAAUCUCAAAUACGAGCUGCUAAGCAAUUCAAUGCUACAAAAGAACGUGAAUCCGAAAGUGAGACGAGCGAGGAAAGGAAUGUCAGUAGUCACAGAAGACUUAAUAACACAGGUUAUCAAGAUACCAAUUUCAUGCAUAACCCUUCAGCUGGAUAUCAUAACCCUACAGCACUGCAUCCUAUGCCUCAUCAUUAUUCUGCACCAAAUGCAAUGUUUUCUGCUCCACCUGCACCACCAAUGCCCGAUGCUCCAUGUAAUCAAGAUCCAAGCAUUUACAAUAUGCUAAGUGCAUGGUAUUUAGCAGGAUACUACACUGGAUUACAUGAGGCAAAAAAUCAACAGUUUGUACAGCCCGGUCAUAUGAAGCGUUGUUGCUGUCAUCAUUGAAUAACUUUCAUUUACUAUUGAUGUUGAUAUUUGAAUUGUAAUUCUGUAACUCGAAAAGUUUUAUACCAACCAUUUUCUCAUUUUUAGUUGAAGGAGUUCUGCAUUGUAAUAAAUAAGUUUU